UAUUAAGAUGAAUAAAUAAGAUAAAAGGAAAUUGCCUAAUCAUUUAUAAUAUGAUACUGUUAGUCCUGCUACUAAAUUAUUAGAAAAAAGAAGAAAAAUGUAUGAAGUACAUGAGGCUUUUGAAGCUUAAAGAGAAGAAUUUAAAAAGUGAUUAUAAAAAAUAGAUUUAGGUAAGAAGACAAGUUUAAAUAAGAGGAAGAGAAGAUUCGUACAAAGGAUAUGGAAAUUUAAGAAUCAUUGAUAAAGUUUUGCAAAUUUUUACAAGACAAUGAAGCCAAAAAAAAAAGAGCUGAAGGUAGAUUAGAAGAAGAGAAAAAAUAAAAAAUGUAAAAAGAAAAAGAAAUAUCAGAUUUGAAUGGUCAACUAUAGGAGUUGUAAAAGAAAUAAUAGAGACUUGAGAAAAAGGGUAUGUGUAGGUUUAUAUCAAAACAGUUACCUCUAUGAAAAAAUACGAAGAAUAUUUAGAUAGUGUUGCUAAAUAAUAUCCAGAGUAAUAUCAUGAUAUGUCAUCAAUUUUAGAAAGACAUAGUACAUUAUCAAGUUAAAAUACUAAAUUAGUGGAAGAACAUUAAUUCAUGGAAAAAGAAUAUGAAAAAUUAAAAUACGAAUCUACAUAAUAUGAAAAAGAUAAAAAUCAUGAAAUUUUAUAAUUGAAUAAUGAUAUUAAAGAAUUAUAAAAAAAAUUAGAAGAAAAAAUAUCAGAAAGAAAUUAACUUCAAUAAUUAGUUGAAGCAUCAGCUAAUGAAGCUUCUUCAAAAAAUUUAAGUUUAGGAAGAAUUUUAAUGGCUAUUGAUAAUUUAUUUAAUAGAUGUUAAGAAGGAACUUAAAAAAUUAAACAUGAAUUAGAAGAAACAAAAUAAGAAAAUAAUAAAAAAGAUGAAAAAAAAGUAAAAAAAGAAGAGAAUAAAAAAUAAUAAAAUAAAGAUGAGAAUGAAGAAACAGAAGAAGAUAAUUAUGAAGUUAAAAGUUAAUAAGCUAUGUAAAAACUAAAAAUAAUAUCUUUAUAUUUAAAUGAUUUCAAAAAAAUAAUUUUUGGAUGUAAAGAAGAUUAUAAAAAAGCAUAAAAUAAAUGA